AUGCUGGAAAUGAGACUUUUCCAUCUCUACCUGACGGAGACGUACAUCACCCUGUACCCCGGGAAGCUCGAUACCAAUCAUUUCCAGUCCGCCGUCCCAGGACUAGCGACCUCUUAUCCAUUCUGCCUGGAUGCUCUACUGGCAUUUUCUGCCCUACAUCUGGCCUCGAAAGAGACGGGCGAUAACCGCCAAUGGGUAGAGUGCGCUCUGAAGUAUCAGAACCGCUCCUGUUCUGCGAUGAGCCGUGUGUUGGCUGAAUUCUCUGUUGAGUAUUCUGGACCAGCUUUCAUUUGCUCCAUCCUCAUCAUGUUAUGCUCAUACGCCUACCCCUGCGUUUCCCAAGACGACCAGCCAUUUGAUCCUCUGGCACAGGUCCUGGCAAUCCGUCGACUGCUUGCGGGUUGUGCUUUCUUUUUUCACCAGCUCGGUAAGAUGGAGCAUCCAGGCGAACUAGCGGGGUGGUUACGAUACAAAGAUAGCGAGGACUUAGAAGAAGAACUCCCGAAAGAACAACAAGACCCGAAACUCAUCCAGUUACGAAGUGCCCUAUUGGAUUCCCUAGGUCGUAUACGAGGAAUGAUUGACGAUGUUGAUGAAUCUCGCCGAGAAGUAAAUCAGGACAUCUGGGAGUUUCUGAAUGAAGCAGUUAAGCGACCAUUGGGCGGACGCGAAGGCGGAGUUAUUGCAUUGCCGAUUAGAAUCAGCGAUGCUUAUGUGGACCUCCUCAAAGAGGGCGAUUGGACGGCUCGUAUAUUAUUUCUCCAUUUCGGUGUUGGCAUGCAUCUCCUCUCUGACAGGUGGUUUGUGAGAGACUGGGGACGUCGGCUCGUAUCGACAGUGUUGCAGCCACUUGAGGAAAUCCCGACUCAAUGGAAAGAGACUGUUGCAUGGACAAGGCAAGCGGUGGACCUUGACCAGUGGUCACGACCUUGA